AUGAGUUGUACUUGGUGGAAAUCAUUGUACGUGCGCUUGAAAGGAAGCUGUGCACAUUAUAUUGUCAAUCCGACCAUUCGCCCCGGACAAAUUCUUGGCACGCGAGCGUAUGAGAUGUGGUGUUUGUAUUAUCUUAUUACUGGUGCUGUAAUCUGUGACGAGGUUUCCAGUAUAAGAAUACCGGUAUCACGUGUUUGUUAUUUCUGUUAA